AUGGCAUCUGGAUUAUCGGGUAGGGGUAGAGAUUCGGGUUCCAAAUCGUUCGAUUUCGGGUCGGAUGAUAUUCUUUGUUCAUAUGAAGAUUUCGGCAAUCAGGAUGGGAAUAACGGAAAUCACUCCGAUCCGUCUUUCGGAAAUAACUCGACUAAGGAAUUUCACAAAAACAGAGUGGCUAGAUCAUCUGGUUAUCCUACUACUUACAGUCCACCAGAAGAAUCUUCAUUUAAUCAAGAUGUUAUCUCUACUGUUGACAAGACCAUGAAGAAGUAUUCGGAUAAUCUUAUGCGCUUUCUAGAGGGACUUAGUUCGCGACUGUCACAGUUGGAAUUAUAUUGUUACAACCUUGACAAAUCUAUUGGGGAAAUGCGUUCUGAUUUAGUUCGUGAUCAUGGAGAAGCAGAGACAAAGCUCAAAUUCCUGGAAAAGCACGUCCAAGAGGUUCACAGGUCUGUGCAGAUCAUAAGAGAUAAGCAAGAACUAGCUGAAACUCAGAAGGAGCUGGCCAAGCUUCAGCAUGCUCAAAAGGAAUCCUCUUCGACUAGCAAUUCUCAACAGAACGAGGAUAGAUCAUCACAACCUGCUACCGAUGCCAAAAAGAGUGAUAACUUAUCAGAUGCACAUGGUCUGCAAUUGGCACUCGCUUUACCACAUCAAGUAGCUCCUCAACCUCCCCCUCCUACACAAGCCGUUGAGCAUCAGCAGGCUCCUCAUAUGGCACCCCCACCAUCCUUGGCUUCACAUAGCAUGGCUCAAGCACAGGCAUAUUACUUGCCUCCACCAUCUCAGGUUCAAUAUUUGCCCACACAAACUCAAAUUCAAGAUCUCUCAAGGAUGGCACCUCAGCAGACACAAUCAAACCAGAGCCCACAGGUACAGUCAUUACCCCAAUAUCAGCAGCAGUGGACACAGCAGCCACCUCAGCAGGUUCAACCCCCCCAGCAGCUCCAUAUGCAACCACAGAUUAGAUCCUCGUCUCCAGCACUUUACCCUUCUUAUCCACCAAAUCAACCAAAUCCUUCCCUUGCAGAAAUGACUCCUAAUAGCAUGCCGAUGCAAGUGUCAUAUUCAGUAACAUCCCAAUCGGGCACCGCUGGACCUGAGGCUAUGUCCUAUGGAUAUGGCGGUGUUGGCAGACCAAGUCAACCCCAACCUCCCACGCAGCAUCCAAAGUACAAUGCACAACUAGGAGAUGGGUAUGUGUCCAGUGGACCUCGUCCAGCACUUCCCUCGGGAAAUGCAUAUAUGAUAUUUGAUGGUGAAAGUGGAAGGACACACCAUCCAUCCCCGCAAUCUCACUUCCAACAAAGUGCUUAUCCUCCAACUAGUGUCCCUCUUCAAAACCCACAGCAUAUGGUUGGCUCUAAUAUGAUGAUUCGUCCACCUCAAUUCACACGCAGCCAUCCCUACAAUGAGUUGAUAGAGAAGUUGGCAGGCAUGGGUUACAGGGCUGAUCACGUUGUUGGCAUAAUUCAAAGGAUGGAGGAAAGCGGGCUGCCAAUUGAUUUUAAUACCGUCCUUGACAGGCUGAAUGGAAAUUCUUCUGGAGGUUCUGAGAGAGGAUGGUCUGGUUAA